AUGGCUCGGUCUCUUGCUCUUCUCGCUGGUGUCCUCGCCACUGUUGCGGCCCAGACUACCACCGUUGAAUUCCUCCUCCCCAUGUUCGAUCCUCAGCCUCUUGAUGGCUCUGUUGUUGCCGUGAAGGGCGGCGCGACUACUCUUGCUAUUCACUGCCCUAAUGCAAAGGCGACAAACUGCGGCCUUGCCGGCACCAGCACCAUUGUUGGUGGCCCCUCUACCAUUGAGUACUCUUACACCAUGCAUCCUGAGGUUGAUGGAUUCGAUGGCGGUGAAGUCAAGCAAGAUAUGGGUUGCGUCCUGGACCCUAAGAAGGAUGUAGCUACCUGUUCCGUCCACCAAGUUGCAAUCCUCUCCGGCAUCACCGAUGUCACAUCCAUGACUGAUAGCGUGAGCGGCUACAAGUCGCUUCUCAUGCCUAUCACUGUUACUGCUGGCGUCAACAAGCUCAACGGCAACGACGAUGCUUCCGCUACCGAGGCCGCUGGCUCUGAGGCUACUUCUGCCGAUAAGCCCAAGGACACUGGUGCCAAGGCCACUGAUACCGCCGACGCUACUGCUUCUUCUGAUGCUGCUGCCACUCCUGCGAGCUCCGACAAUGCUGCUGGUCCUAUGAUUACCCAGAAUGCUAUUCUGGCUGCGGCUGCUGUUGUUGGUGGUGCUGCUAUGUUGCUGUAA